ACUCCCUGCACCUGCAUUUAACAUGAGGAGAGUUACUCAAGGAACGGCAGUCCCUCCUCAACUCCCUCCACCCCCUGCACCAGCCCUCAACAUGCGGCGAACAGAGGAGGCCUCUUCAAGCCUGGCCUACAGACCAACAUGGCGAGGGGGAAGAAUGACCGAUACCAUUCCCUGCUCUGCGGCUGAGGUCCACAUCCUUAGCCUGCUGGAGACAAUUAAACAGCAACAAGACCAGCUUGUGGCAAAGGUGAACUACCUCAGCAGCAGGCUGAACAGCACCCCGGGGCCAGAUGUUGAAAUGCCGGACAAUAUCCAGUUUCCCCUGGAACAACUGGAGGCAGUGGAGGCAUUUGAAAUGUUUUUAAAGGAACCGUCAAAUGGCCCAGCUCGACAGAGAGUGAUUUCUUCUUUGGCCACCAUUGGAGGUCAGGAUGUGAAGAGGGUGACCUGGAACAUCCUGGCCAGGCUCUUCACAGAUGAGGUAUCUCAUCAGAUCAACUGGAAGGGUGUUAAUAACAAAAAGUCUUUCAGUAGGAUGGCAACGAAGAUCUUGCUUUUCAGUGCUGUGAGGAAAAACACAGUGACACGGUCAGCCACGGACGCAGAGGUCACCAAGCACGCAAUCAGGUGGUUCAACCUGGCAGCGGAUCGGGCAACGAGGAGACGUGUCCCGCCUCAAGCCACACAAACGGAGUAAUAGGAUAAAUAAGCAAUAAACUAUAUUUUUAUUGAACUUCUUGUCGUUCACCAGUUAUUCAUUUUCUGAUAUUUUAGCUGUGUAUUUCAUUGAAGUUGUAGCCUAAUGGAUACAUAUUUUAUGUCUGCACCGACCACCUAGGCCUAUAAAGCACUAAAUUAGGUUUUGACCACAAAAUGAAUGUAAAGUAGCUUAGCCAACGUAGGAUACUAUCACAAAAACAGAAUAGGAAGCUAUAACUUAUAACUUUCCAUAAAUGUAAAUGACAAUUUUAUAUUUCCAUUGAGUAGUGAUUACUUUUGUACAGUAAAUUGAUGUCUGGACUUGAACCUUUUCUGUUAGGCCUAUUGACAAUAUUGUUAGGUUAAAAAUACAAGGCAAUGCAGAUUUAAGAUUAGACCUAUAUUGCUGUAGUAGCCUAUAGACUAGGCCUAGUGAUAGUUUUAUCCUAUGGUUUAGUUUAUCCUAUUUUUAUCCUACAGCAAGAACAGAGGGGAUUUUGAAAAUGAGAAAAACGGGUCCAAAACGGACCCGGGCCAGAUGAACCAGGAAUUUUAUGAGUCCAUACGGGUCCGCAGCGGAUGUGUUUAUCAAUUUGCGUGUCCCAA